CUUGUCCCGCAUGGCGAUGGGUGCGCUUUCUUUCCCUGGGACCCAUUCUAAGUAGUGUUGGCGGGGAAGAAUGGACACGGAGUCCCGGUCAUGUAAGUGGACGGCGUCGGGCUGCGCUGCUUGACGUUUGGUGACUGCAGGAGAAAAAAAGAGCAAAUACGCUCGCUGGUGCGCUUUUAUUGGAGAGGAUGAAUGUGAACAUUGCUGCCGGAUGUUAUCCACUGCCUCCGUGGCUUUGGGUGACUAACUUGAAACUGUAAGACAUUUUUCACUUGAGUUGAUUGAUGAAUUGAUCGCCUUUUUUCCCCGCUGGAGGAGGAGGAAUUCGUGCGUCGCCGUAGCUGAAGGGGCCAAUAUGCCAGAAUGGGUCCUCUACAGUAUUUGCUUCUCUGUGGACUUCUAUACACCAAAAUAAGCACUGGGUCUCGUCUUCGCCAGGAAGACUCUCCUCCCCGCAUCGUCGAGCACCCCUCUGACCUCAUUGUGUCCAAGGGGGAACCAGCCACUCUAAACUGUAAGGCCGAGGGCCGUCCAGCCCCGACGGUGGAAUGGUACAAGGAUGGGGAGCGUGUUGAGACGGACCGCGACACUCCCCGCUCGCACCGCAUGCUGCUGCCCAGUGGCUCCCUCUUCUUCCUACGCAUUGUCCACGGACGGAGGAGCAAGCCCGAUGACGGCAGCUACGUGUGCUUGGCCCGCAACUAUCUGGGAGAGGCCGUGAGCCGUAACGCAUCUCUAGAAGUAGCACUUUUACGAGACGACUUCAGACAGAACCCACAGGAUGUAGUGGUCGCCGUUGGGGAAACCGCUACCCUGGAGUGUCAGCCCCCACGAGGCCAUCCAGAGCCCACCACCUUCUGGAGGAAAGACAAGACUCGUCUUGAUCUCAAAGAUGACAGGAUCACGGUUCGUGGAGGAAAGUUGACCAUCUCCAACACAAAGAAAACCGAUGUAGGGAUUUAUGUGUGCGUGGCCGCCAACAUGGUCGGGGAGAGAGAGAGUGAAAAGGCUCAACUCUCCGUGUUUGAGAGACCGGUUUUUGUGCAGCGGCCUGUGAACCAGGUGGUCUUAGUUGAUGAAAGCAUGGAGUUCAGGUGUCAGGUCCACGGUGACCCACCUCCCACACUUCGCUGGAAAAAGGAGGACGCGGAUAUUCCCCGUGGAAGAUAUGACAUUCGGUAUGAAAAAGAGGAUUUCUUGCUGAGGAUAAAGAAAGCUGCCGUCAGUGAUCAGGGGACCUUCACCUGUCUGGCAGAGAACCGUGUGGGCAAAGUGGAGGCAUCCGCUUACCUGACUAUCAGAGAGGCGCCUCAGUUUGUGGUGCGACCCCGUGACCAGAUUGUGGCUCAAGGACGAACAGCAAUAUUUCCCUGUGAGACCAGAGGCAAACCUCAACCCACUGUUUUCUGGCAGCGAGACGGCAGCCAGGAUCUGCUGUUUCCCAGCCAACCAACACAAGGCGACAGUCGAGUGUCUGUGUCCGUGAAUGGAGAGUUGACCAUUUCAUCAGUGCAGCGCUCAGAUGCAGGGUAUUAUAUCUGCCAGGCCCUCACUGUAGCAGGCAGCAUCAUGGCCAAAGCCCAGCUGGAGGUGGCAGACGAACUGAAGGACCGCCCACCGCCGAUCAUUCGUCAGGGCCCGUACAACCAAACACAAGCAUUAGGAGGCGUGACGGUACUCAGGUGUCUGGCUUCAGGGGAGCCACAGCCCACCAUUACCUGGCGAAAGAAUGGAGUCAGUCUGCUUGGAAAAGACUUGCGCUUUUCCCUGCUGGAGCAUGGAAGCCUUCAGAUCCAGAGUGCCAAGUUAUCUGAUUCUGGAUUGUACACGUGUGUGGCUACGAGCUCCAGUGGAGAAACCUCGUGGAGCGCUUACUUGGAUAUCAAGGACUCCAGUGACCCCAUAGACUUCCUGUCUAACAAUUUGACAGCCCUACCAGGACCCCCAUUCAAGCCAGAGGUCACUGAUGUCACUAAGAGCAGCAUCUCGUUGUCAUGGGAACCUGGGUCAGAUUCCGGCUCCCCAGUGUCCUCCUAUGUCAUUGAAGCCUUUGGUCAGUCAGUAAGUAACAGCUGGCAGACAGUAGCAGACCAUGUGAAGACAGCCGAGUUCACAGUCAGUGACUUACGACCCAAUACUGUCUACCUGUUCAUUAUCAGGGCAGUCAAUGUUCAAGGUCUCGGAGACCCGAGCCCAAUGUCUGAGCCAGUGCGGACACAAGACAUCAGUCCCACAGCACAGGGAGUGGACCAUCAUCAUGUACAGAAGGAGCUAGGGGAAGUGGUGGUCAACAUGCAUAACCCCGUAGUUCUCAGUUCCACUUCAGUGCAGGUCACAUGGACUGUGGAUAAUCCAUCCCGGUUUAUUCAGGGCUACCGUGUUCUAUAUCGCCAGACAUCAGGACUGCCCUCCCCAGGACCAUGGCAGAUCCAGGACCUAAAAGUUUCCUCACAGAGGGACAUGACUCUUCUAGGUCUGAAGAAAGGAAUUGUCUAUGAGAUUAAAGUGCGACCAUACUUUAAUGAGUUCCAGGGUGCAGACAGUGAAUCCAUGACAGCACGCACUUUGGAAGAAGCACCCAGUGCGCCUCCACAGCAAGUUGCGGUGUUGACAGUAGGGACCAAUAAUAGCUCUUCUAUCAGCGUGUCAUGGGACCCUCCACCCACGGACCAACAGAAUGGCAUCAUCCAGGAAUACAAGAUCUGGUGUUUGGCUAAUGAAACCCGGUUCCAUGUCAAUAAGUCUGUGGAUGCAACCAUCCGGUCAGUGGUUCUCGGGGGUCUGCAGGCUGGAGUGCAGUACCGUGUGGAGGUAGCUGCAGGCACCAGUGCAGGAGUGGGGGUCAAGAGCACCCCCCAGCUCAUCACCUUGGGUGUAGAACAGAAGGACGUGAUGACGGGUUCGGAGGACAACAAUAGCAUCUCAGACGUAGUGAAACAGCCGGCCUUCAUCGCGGGCUUGGGUGGAGCCUGCUGGAUCGUCCUCAUGGGCUUCAGCGCCUGGCUGUACUGGAGGAGAAAGAAGAGGAAAGGACUCAGCAACUAUGCAGUUCAAUCCUUCACCUUUACCCGUGCAGUCACAUUUCAGCGUGACAGAGGCCUGAUCAGAAAUGGAAGUCGUCCAGGGUUGUUGAAAGCGGGUGACCCUGGUCUACCCUGGCUGGCGGACUCGUGGCCCUCCACCAGCCUCCCAGCAAACGGAGGAUUGGGGAGUCCGAAGGGCAGCGGUAACUUUGGCCGAGGAGAUGUAUUACCAUCCGCAACUGUGGAGAAGACAGGCACCAUGCUGUCAGAUGGUGCCAUCUACAGCAGUAUUGACUUCAUGGGGAAGGCAGGCUAUAGCAGCCCCGUGCAGGACAGCCAGCCCACCCCUUACGCCACCACCCAGAUACUCCAGUCCAACAGCUUCCACGAGCUUGCUGUAGACAGGCCAGAUCCCCGCUGGAAGGCGUCUCUGCAGGCCCAGCAGGAAAUAGCCAACCUGGGCUACUCGCUUACUGAUAGACGCCCUGCCACCGGUGCGAAGGCUGGGAAGAAAAAGAAGGUGAAGGGUGGAAACAAGACCUCUAAAUCAAAUGGGACAUGUUGGGCUAACAUGCCCUUGCCUCCACCGCCCAUGCAUCCUCUGCCUGGUACUGAGGUUGACCUUGACCGCUACCCUCAGGAAAGCCACGGAGGAGGAUAUGAUAACAACAGUUGGGCCCCGCCUCUCUCGCUCCCGUCCUACCGCCACCAGAGUUUGGACGAUGAUGGAGAAGAGGAGAGAGGUCCGACUCCUCCUUUGAGAGGAAGAACAUCUUCACCAGCGUCGGCAGGAGCUACUUACAACCAGCCGUCAUCAUCCUCUCUCAGCUCUGCCCACCAUGAGGAAAUGCAGUCUAUUUUGCAAGCCCACUUGGAUGAGCUGACUCGGGCUUACCAAUAUGAAGUAGCCAAACAAGCCUGGCACAUGAAGAGCAAUUCAAACAUGACCAACACCCCCAUCCCUCCAAUGGACUUUAUGUCUUCUACACUGGGCUCGGAUUUGGGAGACACUCGCCUCUCAGAAGAUGAGGAGGAAGAAAGAUAUGCUGUAGUGUCAAAGAAUUUAUGUGGCUUUGACUACUCUCCUGGACACACACUGGAUAAUCUUGAGGUCUCAGGUAAAGGCUCCCAGUUGAGUCGAUCCGACAGCGCUGGCACGACAGAUCGUGGCCUGCAAAACACACAUAGCCUUGGCCACAAGAGGGCGCAACUAGCUGGUCUCAAGUCCCAGACGGCUAAGGUCGGGACACUACCCAGAAGAAAAGACAGCAACACGGAAGCCCACGCACCUGCAGUGAAGAGCCUUCACAGCACCGGGUCCCGCUGGGCAAGUACCGCCUCAGAUCCCCCCGAGGAGUGCAUGGUGACUGUGUCCACGCUGGAGAGGCAGCAUAUGACUCCCUGGGGCGGCACGCCAGCAUCCAACAGGGCCACAUUGAGCCGGGGUUCCCACAAAAGACCUGGUACAGAAGCCUCCCACAACGGGAAACUUCUCACAAGCAGCACAGAGAAAAGGGAUCACUAGUCUAUUGGACGCUUUUUUGCUUGCAGUGGAUGCCUGUCCCAUGACACCUUGUUUCUAAGUGCUUUGAGAUUGUCUCUCUGUGAGUGACACAGAAUGAUGUUUGAAAGCUGAAGCCAGAGGAACAUGCAAAUGAACAUGUUGAGCUGUAAAUGUCAUGUACAGGACACAAACACCAGUCUCACCAGUGUUUCCUUCAUCUCCCCCCUCUUCAAAGAGUCAACAUGCUGUAUGACCACUUCUACUAUCUAUCACUUGGUGUACAACAAAUCACGCAAAGGAGAUGAAGGAGAAAAAUCACAACAAAAAAAAUAAUGCAAAUGAAAAAAGGACUUGCAUAAUGUGUAAAUAUAUUUUGUAUGGUUUUUUUCGUUUGCUUUGCUAUGCAAGCUACCCUGAUUGUGUUUCUUGUGGUUUAUUACAGUUAUUUAUCAUUUAUUUAUCAUUUAUUACAGUGAGUCAUUUUUCAUUGACACGCAAACCGUUAUUUUGAUGAGGCUACUGUAUUGUUGUACUUUGCACAGAGCGUUUUGGUAAAAAUAAGCACAACUCCAUUGUCAGCAAAGCUGAAGAGGAGAAUCAUUAUGGCGAGGAUACUUAUUACGGGGCUGUGCUGCAGUCGUUUCCAAAAAUGUCCCAUAUGUUGAGUCCGAUGGAGGGCGCAACACACGUGAUAGCUUGGAUGAAAUGCGGCAACAAACUGUUAUAUGAUUUGUGCUGUGAAUUGUCCUAUGAAUUAUACUAACAAUGACCCCUUGCAAAGGGUAACACUUUGACCGUAACAAAGCGACACAUUACGUGAUAUCUAAAGCAAAGAUUGUGUCAUUUCACUGCCAUUCUUUAAAAUACUUUGUUAAUAUAAUAUAACUAUUUGUGCAUCCAAGGAUUAAUUUUGGUCAUUCAUUUCCAAUUAAUGGUUCCAAUUCAGUCAUCUGAUAGCCGUGCAAUUUUCAAACUGCAAUACCACAAGUCACUGGGAGUCACACGUCAUGUAUUACCUUGUUAGGCUUGUUGUAAAUACAGCAGAACUUCCAAAGUCGAACACAAUCCGUCAUACAGCGCCGGUCUACCAGUCUGUUUUAAUUUUAACAUCAAUUGAGGUCUGUUGUGCAUUUGAUUGUUCCAGAGUCAACUACUAUUAACUCUAUAUUACAGUAUACAUGUUAUGGACAUUUUUCAAACACUGGUCUAAUGAUACAUAUGACUAGGAAAUCCAUUACCGUUACACAUUUAAUUUUUAACAUGCACUGUUUGAAGUAUUGAACGACGUUAUAACGAUAGAAAGAUAACCGCUUGAUCGUGAGGAAAUAGCGCAAAAAGCUAACACAACCGUCUACAUUAGCAAUACUUUUUGCUUUUUUUGUCAGACAGCACAAACAAGAACUCAAAUGCAUGAAACACAUUACAGAAGAUCUGAAUCAAAGUCAUAAAUAUUGUGGGUUUUGUCGAUGCCGGUUAAGAGUCCUAUAAAGCACACAGGAAGUUAAGUUGUGGAGUUAAUCAUUUGAUGCAAGCUAAAAUUAGAUCUUGUUAGUUACAGUACUCUGACGCCUCACGGGAUUAAUGCUGAUGUCUAAAAUCAUGUCAAAAAGGUAUAUUUUCUCUAAAGUGUUGAACAAUUUUAAUUUGAGAGUUGAGGUUCCGCUGUAUAAUUUAGUAAGAUUAUACGAACGGAUAUGUACUCAUGAUAUACAACUGUUGAUCCCCUUUGUCAACAUUUCAUGAAAGCAUACCAAAAUCCCAAGAAUGUGCAGGUGCGUUGAUGCUUGCGUUAUCAGAAAGUAGGCAAGUUUAACUUUUGUAUGAUUUCCUACUAAAUUCUCAAUAAAUCAUGUUGUGCUUUGAUGUCACCUGGCACCACACGAUAAUUUAUUUGUGGUUAUCCAUACAAAAAAUACAAAAAACAUUGUGUCCCACACUGGAUUUAUACCAUCACCUUAAAAAAGCUGUAUUGAUUUUAAUGUUGCCAAAUAUGGAGUUCUGUUUUUUAUUGGGAAAUGCUUUUGCUGUUUUUACAGCCAAUUCAGUCUGAACUGUUUGAGAUUGUUUUUUCUGGCGAAGGCUUUGCCUCUGAGGAAUAUUCACCUUCCAGGCCGGUUUGCCCUCAGGAAUACACAGCGACAUACAGUAGGGCAUAUUUUCUUUGAUGCAAAAAUAAAAGGUGUAUGUUAAA